AUGUCCAAGACCGCGCAAAAACGUUUGCUCAAAGAACUACAGAAAUUGACGAAGGAUAGUCCCGAAGGAAUCCUUGCAAGUCCAGUUGAUGAUUCGAACUUGUUCCAAUGGGAUUGUCUCAUCAUGGGUCCUCCAGACUCGUGCUACGAGGGCGGUGUUUUCAACGCCAGAUUGGACUUCCCCAAGGACUAUCCCUUGAACCCUCCAAAACUCACGUUCCAGCCAAGCAUUCUCCAUCCAAAUAUCUACCCUAACGGCGAAGUAUGCAUAUCCAUCUUGCACUCGCCCGGAUCAGACCCAAACAUGUAUGAACAUGAGUGCGAGAGAUGGUCGCCCGUGCAAAGUGUCGAGAAGAUUUUGCUCAGCGUCAUGAGCAUCUUGAGCGAGCCAAACAUCGAGUCCGGGGCCAACAUCGAUGCCUGCAUUCUCUGGAGAGACAACAGGCCCGAAUUCGAAAGACAGGUCAAGUUGAACUUGCUCAAGUCCUUGGGUUUCUAA